GCGUGAAGGUUGACCAGAUUUCAGCUCGUAAACAUGAAAUGUCUACUUUUAAUCACGAAAUAUUGACUUUAAAACUGAAACUUUGACUAAAUACGGAGGUAUAUAACUUGCAAAUUCGUCGUGAUAUUUCAAUUAACGUGGAUAUGGCGUGAACGUGGGAUGUUGCCCAACCGAAACCGAAAUGGACCCUGAUGAAAGAGAAGCCAUUAUUGGUGAUUAUUUUAGAUUAGGCUUGGCUCAUGCAGAAAUAGUAGCCUUACUUGCUUUGAAACAAACUACAGUUAGGUCAAUUCUUAAGGAACUUGACCCUGUAGGACUUGACCUCAGGACCCGCAAACGUUUACGUCGGCGAAUAUAUAAGAACAAAGGCCCAAACUAUCUUUGGCAUUUAGAUGCAUAUGACAAAUUAAAACCAUACGGCAUAUGUGUCCAUGGUUGCAUAGAUGGAUUUUCACGUAAAUUAAUGUGGCUUAAGGCAAGUACUAACACAAGUGAUCCUCGAAUUAUUGCUGGGUAUUUUGUGCAUACAGUAGAAUCAAUUGGAGGUUGUCCUGUUCGUAUAAGAGGUGACUGUGGUACGGAAAACCGAUAUGUUGAACAAAUGCAAAUAUACUUGCGUGCAAAAGAAGAUAAUAUGCCAGAAACUGCUUGGCUGUAUGGUACCAGUCAGUCAAAUCAAAGGAUAGAGGCUUGGUGGUCAAUACUUCGCAAACAAUGCUCACAGUUUUGGAUGAACUUAUUUCAAAAUUUGAAAGAAGAUGGCCUCUUUUCAGGAUCCUUCAUGGACAAAUCAUUGAUUCAAUUCUCCUUCUUGAGAAUGAUUCAAGAGCUCGGUGGAAACUGA